CGCCGACUGUCAUCACAGAAAAUAAUCGUCUUCUGGUGCUGUGGGUAUUCAUGAAAAUUGUUUGGCGAAAUCUUCAUCCCGGGCCCAUUAGUGCGUUGCAUUGCUAGUGAUUUUUGCGACAAACCAUGUCGGCACCAUCGGCAGCGGUAAUAGCACACACCAAGCGGGUUUGUUCACUGUAUAAAAAAUCGCUGCGUAGUCUGGAAUGUUGGUACGAUCGCAGACAUAUUUUCCGCUAUCAGGCUACGUUGAUGCGUGCCCGCUUUGAUAAACACAAAAACGAAAAGGACCCGGUAAAAAUUUCCCAACUACUGGUUGAUGGCGAACGGGAGCUGUUUGAAACGCAGCAUUUCCAGCCUAGAAAAUUCGCGAUGUCACCAGGCGGUGUUGCCUUCGAACGCGAGGUGAUCCCACCGGAUUGGGUUCUAGACUAUUGGCAUCCACUAGAAAAGGCUCAAUACCCGGAAUACUUUGCUCGCCGUGAGAAACGCAAGCAGGAAUACGUAGUUUGGUGGGAAAAGCAGUACGGAAAAUCGCCCGCCAGCGACUCACAUCAUUAAUUCUGUCACUUAUACUAUCGAUACACUGCUUCUUUCGUCGUGAAAUAGACAAAUGUUAAUUGAUUAGAA